AUGACUCGACUAUCAGGUGACCACUCUGGACCCAUGGAACUGUGGCGGAAAAAGAUGCCGCUUGCUCAGCUCAAAUUUCCGGCUGACAUUCACGCUGUCGGCCACAAAGAAACAGUCUGGGCCAGAGUCCCUGACAGUCCAAACGUAGUCCUCCUUGGAACAUUGUGGUGGACUACAUCCGAACUCCGCUCGUUCGAGGCCUCCCCCUCCGCCCAACUCUACUGGGAGACUCUCCAGCGUGAAGAAAUAACCCCUGUAUCCACCCAUGAAACAAUCUACGGCUCCACACACUGGUUCCAGCGCUUGAAGUACUCCUUCGUAGAGAUAUUCUGGGUCUACUUCCCCGCGCCCGUCUCAGAAUCCCUGCAGUCCCAGGUGUCGCAACUCGCUGGCAUCAGCCCACCAGCCUUUGGGCCUGGCGGUCCGCUCAAGGAGCAUUUCCAGACCCAUCUCCCUGCUUUGCAGUGGGCUACGAAGCCGGAAACCUUGCGUGGGGAACAAGUCCAGCUACUACUCUGGCCGCACUUCUGGCGGGAUAAAGAGAAGGCCGAGUAUAGGCAUGCACCGUAUGCUCAACAGAGGUUUCUCGUGCGGCUGGAAGGAUUUGGUCCGGUCGAGUGGAAAGAGGAGAUUUAUGACUUUAUCAACAUUCCUAGGCGCUAG